AUGCUAAUACCUAGUCGAAUAACACACUCUCGGCUAUUUCCCAAACAGCAUUCGUUUUCUUACCCAUACCUUACUAUUGGCGUUCCAGUAGACUCUACGGGAAAUGUUAAUGGUAUGAUAUCGGUCGAUACGUCCAGUUCAUCAACCUGGUUGCCGGGUUUACUCAGACCAAAAGUUUGGUUCAGUAUAGAUGCAGGUGACCAUUUUCAACGACAAUCUUCACCUACAGGACUGCGUGGCAAGCUGGACUCUUAUCUGGAAUCCGAGCAUGUUGACCCAUCGCAAUAUCAUCAUGCCUACCUCGUAACCUCGCCGCGGCUCCUGGGUUUUGGCUACAGCCCAGUAUCAUUUUGGUUCUUGUACUCUCAAGACAAGGUGCUUUCGGCAAUUAUUGUUGAGAUGCACAGCAUUUUUGGGGAAAGACAUUCCUAUCUCGCCGUUCGAAACUUCGAGGCCGAGGCCAAGCAUAUCCAGGAUGGAAACUUGGAUAAUCAGGAGCUUAUACGUGCCCAAGUAAAGGCAACAGUACAAAAGGAAUUCCAUGUCUCGCCUUUCAAUUCUCGUAAUGGCUCUUACACCCUACUUGCGAGCAACCCUCUUGGAUCAGAUAUGUGCGGGUUUCGUGGUCUCGACAUCACCCUUCAUCUCUUCUCAUCCAAAGACCACCCGAAGCUUGUGGCAAAGUUGGUUUCCGAUAAUCAGGCAAUCGAUUCACGCAUGAUGAAUAUUGUCCAGAAGGCCGGCUUCAUCUUGACUUGGUUUUGGUCAGCAGUUGCUACCCUUCCUCGAUUCAUCAAGGAGUCUGCUGUUCUCUUCUACAGACAUAAUCUUCACUUUUGGUACCGACCCGAACCUCGCAAAAAUAGCAUAGGGCGGUCAAGCAGCGAUGUAGAGAAGAUUCUUGAAAGAAUAUUUCGCGCAUAUCUCCGGAGUCUCGUUGAGCAAUCGUCUGCUCCUGUCGCUGUUCGAUACACACCUAGCGGGGAUGCUGAAGUCUCUGAAGAGGUCUUGAGAUCACCUUCAGCAACCGAUUCAAGUGAAUCCGCAGACGAGAUCACGAUCAAAAUUCUGACACCAGCCUUUUAUUCACGGUUUGUUCAUUAUGCGCAUGAUUCAGAGGCUGUUUUCUGUGAGCUCGCUGAAAGCUGCACAUUUUGGACUGACAAGCCCGAGCAAUUGACAAUGAUAUUUUUGAAGAAAGGAUCGCCAUCUCUUCACGCCUCGAGCCUCGUCGAAUAUGUUUGGUUUCAGCUUAUCAAGACUAUGAGACGCCGACCACGAAAGAUUGAAAGACCUUUGACGUCUGUAGACAAAUCGUUAUCCUCGACUACCGGCAUUGAUAUUCGGGGCUUUCGCAUUUCAUCUAUGGAUGCCUUUGUACUUGGGCAAGAAGAUGCCAGAGUGAAGAAAGCGUACAGGAUGGCAGUCCUUCGAUUGUUUGUGGCCGAUCGAAUCACUCUUGGUAGUACGACCUUGCUUGGCAUGAUGGAGCUUCUGGGAAGAGCGGGCAUCUCAUGGGCUCUAGCGUCUCUUAUUGCUCAUGGUAUCUCAUGA